AUGCUGGCAAGUGGGGCUGUGGAUCCCGGGCUCCCGGGGGCUGCUGCCGCGCCCUCGUCCGUCCAGGCCCGACAGCCCGGGCCGGGGCUAUGCCGGCCUAUUAGCGCUGGUGACAAGGAGCAGCAGCCUACUGCGAUCGAGUCGCUGUGCGUGAACUGCUACCGCAAUGGCAUGACGCGCCUCCUGCUCACCGAGGUCCCCUUCUUUAGAGAAACAAUCGUGAGCUCCUUUUCCUGCAAGCAGUGUGGCUGGAACACCACGGAGAUGCAGUCGGCAGGCAGGAUACAGGACCAGGGAGUGCGCUAUACUUUGACCGUCAGGGCCCAGGAGGACGUGAACAGAGAAGUAGUGAAGACUGACUCUGCCACCACAAGGAUCCCAGAGCUGGAUUUUGAAAUUCCUGCCUUCGGCCAGAAAGGAACUCUGACUACUGUUGAAGGAUUGAUCAGCCGUGCUGUCUCUGGCCUGGAGCAGGAUCAGCCCACACGAAGGGCGAAUGAAGAAGCCAUGGCUGAAAGAAUUGAUGAGUUCAUUGUCAAACUGAAGGAGCUAAAGCAAGUGGCCUCUCCUUUCACCCUGAUCAUUGAUGAUCCCUCCGGGAACAGCUUUGUGGAAAACCCACAUGCUCCCCAGAAAGAUGAUGCCCUGGUGAUCACACACUAUAAUCGGACUCUGCAGCAGGAAGAGAUGCUGGGGCUCCAGGCAGAGGAACCAGAAGUGAAAACAGAAGAGGAAGAUCUCAGAAACGAAGUGCUCCAGUUCAACACCAACUGCCCAGAAUGCAAUGCUCCAGCCCAAACCAACAUGAAGCUAGUUCAAAUUCCCCACUCUAAGGAGGUUAUCAUCAUGGCUACCGACUGCAAGAACUGUAGCCAUCGGACCAAUGAGGUGAAAUGUGGAGGAGCAGUAGAGCCCUUGGGCACCAGAAUUACCUUCUACAUCACUGAUCCCUCAGAUAUGACUAGAGACCUGCUCAAGUCCGAGACAUGUAGUAUGGAAAUCCCAGAGCUGGAAUUUGAACUGGGAAUGGCUGUCCUCGGGGGCAAGUUCACCACACUGGAGGGGAUACUGAAAGACAUCCGGGAACUGGUGACCAAGAACCCUUUCACACUGGGCGACAGUUCCAGUCCUGGCCAGACAGAGAAACUGCAGGAGUUUAGCCAGAAGUUGGACCAGAUCCUUGAGGGUAACAUGAAGACUCACUUUGUUAUGGAUGAUCCAGCAGGAAACAGCUACUUGCAGAACGUGUAUGCACCUGAAGACGAUCCUGAGAUGAAGGUGGAGCAUUAUAAGCGCACAUUUGACCAAAACGGAGGGCUAUGA